AUGAACUGGCGUUCAUUGCUAAUAGUAUCGUGUCUGGCAUGGCAUACGGCUCGAUCACAGUAUACAAACAAUGCGCGCGCUGCGGUAACCUCGAACGCGGCCGAAUGCGCCGAUAUUGGGAUGAAAAUGCUUGAUCAAGGUGGUUCUGCCGCCGAUGCGGCUAUCGCAACCCUGUUCUGUGAAGGUGUUUCGAUCCCGCAGAGUAUGGGUAUCGGAGGUGGAUUUGUAUUGACCGUCUAUAAUAAGGCAUCGGGCAUCGUAGAGUCCUUGGACUCGAGGGAGGUCGCACCGGCAGCUGCUACCAAAAAUAUGUACGUCGGAAAUGGUAAAGCCGCCUUCGAAGGUGGCCUAUCGAUUGCCGUUCCAGGAGAAGUUAAGGGCUACUGGGAGUUGCACCAGAAGUAUGGCAAACUUCCCUGGAAAACGCUAGUGUAUCCAACGAUAGACUUAUGCAUCAAGGGGUCCCUCGUGACGGAUUAUUUGGCGAAAAUACUAUCCUCAGAGAAAUCGCUUAUAUUGACGUACCCAGCGCUGGCGAAAAUUUUCAUCAAUCCCGCCACUAAUGAUACCUGGAAGGUGGGAGAUCGCAUCAAGCGAUUAGCAUUGGGAGAAUCCCUGAAGGUGAUUGCCGUGGAAGGAGCGAACGCGUUGUACGGUAAAAACGGUACACUGUUACCCAAACUGAUGAAAGAUUUAAAAGCUGUUGGCAGCAUCUUAACGGAGAAUGAUUUCUACAAUUACAAACCCGAAUGGCUGAAGUCAGCGCGAGCUAAGCUACGCAAUCAUUACUAUCUUCAUUCCAUGCCACUCCCAGGCAGUGGACCGAUACUCAGCUAUAUGUUAUCGAUUCUGGACGGUUACAAGGACCUGUCGUUGAAUGAUCCACUAACGUGGCAUCGGAUCAUCGAGAGUUUUAAGCACGGGUACGGAUUACGUACAAAGGUGGGAGAUCCGCGUUUUGUCACCUCUGUGAACGCGGUGCUUCAAAAGAUGACAAACAAAAAUUACAUUGCCUACAUUCGUGACACGAUAGUGAGCAACAUGACAUUCGACAGUUAUGACUAUUACGGAGCAGAUUUUGCUGGUAUACAAGAUCAAGGCACCGCACACAUCUCGGUACUAGCAGCCAAUGGUGAUGCCAUAGCUGUAACAAGUACGAUCAACUAUCUGUUUGGGUCGUUAAUAGUUUCACCCUCGACCGGUAUCAUCCUAAAUGACGAAAUGGACGAUUUUUCCACGCCCGGUGUUGUGAACUCUUAUGGUCUGUCCCCUUCUCCAGCCAACUUCAUCGUGCCAGGAAAACGACCCCUUUCGUCUAUGUCUCCAACGAUCAUAAUUGAUCGUCGGGGUGAUGUGCGGAUGGUAGUCGGAGGAGCAGGAGGUUCCAGGAUUACCACCGCUACGGCUUUGCUAAUUCUUCGGCAUCUGUACUUCGAACAAAGUCUUUGUGACGCCAUGAACGCACCACGAAUUCAUCAUCAAUUAGCACCGAUGCAGGUUGAAUAUGAGAAGGGGUUCGAUUCAAAUGUGGUAGCACAGCUCGCUGCUCGCGGACACAAGAUUCAAGAGACUAAAGCAGAUUUUGGUUUUGCGGCCUUAACAGCGAUUGUGAAAAAGGGAGACACAGUUUCAGCUGCUUUUGACAGACGGCGGAGUGUCAUGAGUACGACAUGGCACACGGUUCGAUCGCAGGGCGCAGACAAUAUGCAUGCUGCAGUGGCAUCAAACGCGGUAGAAUGCGCCGAUAUCGGGAUGAAAAUGCUUGAUCAAGGGGGUUCCGCCGCCGAUGCGGCUAUCGCAACUCUGUUCUGUGAAGGUGUUUCGAUCCCGAAUUGUAUGGGAAUCGGAGGUGGAUUUGUAUUGACCGUCUAUAACAAAGCAUCGGGCAUCGUAGAGUCCUUGGACUCGAGGGAGGUCGCACCGGCAGCUGCUACCAAAAAUAUGUACGUCGGAAACGGUAAAGCCGCCAUCGCAGGUGGCCUAUCGAUUGCCGUUCCAGGAGAAGUUAAGGGCUACUGGGAGUUGCACCAGAAGUAUGGCAAACUUCCCUGGAAAACGCUAGUGUAUCCAACGAUAGACUUAUGCAUCAAGGGGUCCCUCGUGACGGAUUAUUUGGCGAAAAUACUAUCCUCAGAGAAAUCGCUUAUAUUGACGUACCCAGCGCUGGCGAAAAUUUUCAUCAAUCCCGCCACUAAUGAUACCUGGAAGGUGGGAGAUCGCAUCAAGCGAUUAGCAUUGGGAGAAUCCCUGAAGGUGAUUGCCGUGGAAGGAGCGAACGCGUUGUACGGUAAAAACGGUACACUGUUACCCAAACUGAUGAAAGAUUUAAAAGCUGUUGGCAGCAUCUUAACGGAGAAUGAUUUCUACAAUUACAAACCCGAAUGGCUGAAGUCAGCGCGAGCUAAGCUACGCAAUCAUUACUAUCUUCAUUCCAUGCCACUCCCAGGCAGUGGACCGAUACUCAGCUAUAUGUUAUCGAUUCUGGACGGAUACAAGGACCUUGCGUUGAAUGAUCCACUAACGUGGCAUCGGAUCAUCGAGAGUUUUAAGCACGGGUACGGAUUACGUACAAAGGUGGGAGAUCCGCGUUUUGUCACCUCUGUGAACGCGGUGCUUCAAAAGAUGACAAACAAAAAUUACAUUGCCUACAUUCGUGACACGAUAGUGAGCAACAUGACAUUCGACAGUUAUGACUAUUACGGAGCAGAUUUUGCUGGUAUACAAGAUCAAGGCACCGCACACAUCUCGGUACUAGCAGCCAAUGGUGAUGCCAUAGCUGUAACAAGUACGAUCAACUAUCUGUUUGGGUCGUUAAUAGUUUCACCCUCGACCGGUAUCAUCCUGAAUGACGAAAUGGACGAUUUUUCCACGCCCGGUGUUGUGAACUCUUAUGGUCUGUCCCCUUCUCCAGCCAACUUCAUCGUGCCAGGAAAACGACCCCUUUCGUCUAUGUCUCCAACGAUCAUAAUUGAUCGUCGGGGUGAUGUGCGGAUGGUAGUCGGAGGAGCAGGAGGUUCCAGGAUUACCACCGCUACGGCUUUGCUAAUUCUUCGGCAUCUGUACUUCGAACAAAGUCUCUGUGACGCCAUGAACGCACCACGAAUUCAUCAUCAAUUAGCACCGAUGCAGGUUGAAUAUGAGAAAGGGUUCGAUUCAAAUGUGCUAGCGGAGCUCGCAUCUCGCGGACACAAGAUUCAAGAGGCUAAGCCAGAUUUAGGUUUUGCGGCCUUGACAGCGAUUGUGAAAAAGGGAGACACAGUUUCAGCUGCUUUUGACAGACGACGAGGUGGUAGUGUGUCAGUGCGACUGGACAAAACUGAGUUAAACCAUUGUAGAUAA